UAUAUUAGGAAUGAAUACAUUUAUUUCAAAUAUAAACCAGCCAACAGAUUAAGUUUUACAAUUAUUCAGAAUCUACUUAGGAAGCACAGUUUAACAUGAUUUGCUUUAUCAAUCCAACAAAGAAAAUGUUUUGCGUCUGAAACUAUGAGGAGACACAGAUUAUAAGCACCUCAAACAGAAUUAAGAUAUAUAUAAUGUUUAAUCAACAAAAUAAAGAAGAUAAUCUCAUAAAAACUCUAUUAAACCAAUUGUCUAUACACCAUGAAAACGGCUUCUAACAUUGGAUCCAAAUGAACAGGAUAAAGUCCUACAGAUGCCACACCAUUAAGUAGUUAACAUACAAUCAUCAAAAUGCUGUUUCUCAUGAAAACUACAACCAGUGAGCUUCCAAUGACAUGGGCUACUACAAGGGAUAAAAUUCUCAUUUUAGCCAAUAAAAAACCAAAGAAUCAAAGCCCAAACAAGUGAAUUACUUGCUGCCCAUGACUCCUAUUAUCAACAACAGCCAAGUAUUGCUUCUUGUCAACUCAGCUCACAUGUGAACACAAUUAAACAAAAAAGAGACUGCUAUAAAAAAAAAUAAUAAAAAAAGAGCCUAUCUCUCCACAUCAUUCCAUAAGCGUUUUAUGGGCUUAACUAGGAUUUGCCUUGUUGACUCAACUGGACCAAAUACUACUUAAACUCAUACUUAAAUCCAUUCCUGAAUCUAUCAUCGUAGUCAUACUUGUUUCUCAAUAAAAGAUCAUGAAAAAAAAGUUAAAACCAUCAAGACUCUUAGGAUAUCCAGGGUUGCUUCACCUGCCAAAUAUAAACUUCAAAGAUCCAUUAGAAUAUAUAACAAAGACAUAAAACUCUUCCUCAAACAAUCAUGCUUUCCUAUUCGAUGGAAGAAUCACCUUCAUGACAUGGAGCGAUAAGGAUGAUACAAAGCUUCAUGACCGUGGCAACUUGGCAAACAAAAUGCCCUUACAAUAAAGCAGGCAUUAUCAC